UUCUUCAAUUCUUCGUAAAAUAUUUGUUCUCGUUGCAGUUCUUUCCCCCCUUCCAACUUCUGCCACUUAUUUUCUAUUUUGAAGUAAUCUUAAUCUCCCAACUUGCUAUUUCAUUUUGAUUUUCUUUAGCUUUUAGUCACAAUAUUGUAUAUUUGUGAUAACAGAAAAGAGAAUUAAUAUUAAGUUGUCACAAGUACUGACACCCUUUGUGUACCCGGCCUUGAACAAUGAAGGAGAGUGGUCGAAAACUUGGUGCACUUUCGCCAUGCGCAGCAUGCAAGCUUCUUAGGAGGAGAUGUGCUCAAGACUGUGUGUUUGCUCCUUACUUUCCAGCUGACGAGCCUCAGAAGUUUGCCAGUGUGCACAAGGUCUUUGGUGCAAGCAAUGUCAACAAAAUGUUACAGGAAUUACCUGAGCACCAACGAAGUGAUGCAGUGAGUUCCAUGGUGUAUGAAGCAAAUGCAAGGGUUCGUGAUCCAGUUUAUGGUUGUGUUGGAGCCAUAUCAUCUUUGCAGAAACAAAUUGAUUCACUACAAACCCAGUUGGCACUUGCACAAGCUGAGGUAGUGCACCUGAGAGUGCGGCAAUUCACUUCUUCUUCCAAUCCAGGAGCCAUGGACAUGGCAGUUGAUCAGGCCACCAUGGGAGAGUCUCUGUGGUCAUGCUAGUUUUUACCUGGCAUGCCUGCCUGCCUUCCCUUUAUUGCUAUAUACUUAUUGAUUAUCAUGGGCUAGCUUGCAUUAUUGUCAGAACUCUAUCGUUUAUAGUCCUUUUUCUCUUGCAUCUUUAUGCACAUAUCUACCCGAUCAUGGGAUGUUGCUGCUAAUGAUCAUUAACCAUAUUGUAAAUAGUUGGAAACAUAUAAUCAUAAGUUAUCACUAGUCUA